AUGUUGUCCCUCAGUCGAGCUGUCCUCGGCUUCACAGCUCUAAGCACAGUCGGUCUCGCUGCACCCAUACAACAACGUCAAUCUUCCGAUUGUGUUGACGGAGUUACUCGAAUCUACACUCCGGACCUAUUCAACAUCUACUACUACAACGAUGUUCCCGAAUUUCCUUCGAUAUCAACAGUCAUAAACGUUAUGAACGGCAGCACAUCUGGCUCAGCUCAACACCAAGUCGCCCGUUUUGCCAACCUAUCAGUAAACGCCGAAAGCUGUACUUUUGGCUGGUCCCAAGCAGCCGAUCGAUCCUUCAGUGUUUACGACAACGGUCUUGUGCGGUUCUCUCAGCUUACCGGUCUUCCAGCUGGCAACGUCACGGCAUCCACCAUCGAACCUUUCCAGUCUGAAGAUGCAAAAGGUGGCAGCGUUGAUUUCACUUUCUGGCCCGAGUCUGUUGGCCCUGAAGAUCAUGUUGGAGGUUCGGUUGACUGUGGCGCAGAGGUUGUCAUUCUGCUUACGAAGGAUAUGGUCAGUGGGGGUCCUGGAUCAGUCACAAUGGAGCAGACCCAAGGAAAUGGUCUUUGGUUAGAACAUGCUUGUUAA